AUGAUCAACACGCCGCCCCCGACGCCGCCACCCCCAACUGCCGUGAAGGCUCCCGGGGGAUUGACGCGGUGCAAACCGGCCGUGAGCGUGCCGCCACCGCACAUCACGCACGUCAUCAAGAGCGUGCCGCCACCGCACGUCACGCACGUCAACAAGGGCAUGCCACUCACGCCAGCUGCGCACGUCACCAAGGGCGUGCCAAUCACGCCAGCCACGCACGUCACCAAGGGCGUGACAAUCACGCCAGCCACGCACGUCACCAAGGGCGUGCCAAUCACGCCAGCCACGCACGUCACCAAGGGCAUGCCACUCACGCACAUCACCAAGUGCGUGCCACUCAGGCCAGUCACGCACGUCACCAAGGACGUGCCAGCCACGCACGUCACCAAGGACGUGCCAGCCACGCCAGUCAUGCACGGCACAGGGGGUGCCACACCACCUCCGCACGCCACGCGUACCACUUUGGGCGCGCCGCCUGCUGCUGAAUGCGCCGCGACGCUACCGCCGCCGCCCACCUCGGCCGCCCCCAUGGCGACAGGUGCGGCCCACAAAGGCACCACGACGCCGCCGCCCACCUCGGCCGCCACCAUGGCAACAGGAGCGGCCCACGUGCACACCACGCCGCCGCCGGACACACCAGGUUAG